ACGCUCCUGCUUCCUGGGGCGGAAGUGUGUCACAAGCUGGUGGUCCGCGGCUCCGGGAGGAAGUUCGUCACGUCGCAGUUGUCUCGGCACAGCGGAUGUGUGUCGCCGCUUAGGUGACGCUGGGAAGUGCUUGCAGCCCCCGCCGCUGCCUCUUGGUUGGAGCACUAUGGAGGGAGAGAGGAAGAACAACAACAAACGGUGGUAUUUCACUCGGGAGCAGCUGGAAAACAGCCCCUCGCGCCGUUUCGGCGUGGACUCCGAUAAAGAACUCUCUUACCGCCAGCAGGCGGCCAACCUACUCCAGGACAUGGGACAACGUCUUAACGUCUCACAACUGACGAUCAACACUGCUAUAGUGUACAUGCACCGCUUCUACAUGAUUCAGUCUUUUACACAGUUCCAUCGAUAUUCCAUGGCUCCAGCAGCCUUGUUUCUAGCAGCGAAGGUGGAAGAACAGCCAAAAAAACUGGAACAUGUCAUCAAGGUAGCGCAUACUUGCCUCCAUCCCCAGGAGUCACUUCCUGACACAAGGAGUGAGGCCUACCUACAACAAGUUCAAGACCUGGUGAUUUUAGAGAGCAUCAUUUUGCAAACCCUAGGGUUUGAAUUAACAAUUGAUCACCCACAUACACAUGUGGUAAAGUGCACCCAGCUUGUUCGGGCAAGCAAGGACUUAGCACAGACAUCUUACUUCAUGGCCACCAACAGCCUGCAUUUGACCACAUUUAGCCUGCAGUACACACCUCCUGUGGUGGCCUGUGUCUGCAUCCAUCUGGCUUGCAAGUGGUCCAACUGGGAGAUCCCAGUCUCAACUGACGGGAAGCACUGGUGGGAGUAUGUUGACGCCACUGUGACCUUGGAACUUUUAGAUGAAUUGACACAUGAAUUUCUGCAGAUUCUGGAGAAAACUCCAAGCAGGCUGAAACGCAUUAGAAACUGGAGGGCAUACCAGGCUGCCAUGAAAACUAAACCAGAUGACCGAGGAGCAGAUGAAAACACAUCGGAACAGACAAUCCUCAAUAUGAUUUCCCAGACCUCCUCAGAUACAACUAUCGCGGGCUUAAUGAGCAUGUCGACUACUUCUACUACAAGUGCAGUGCCUUCCCUUCCUGUCUCUGAAGAGUCAUCGUCAGGCAGUCUGUCUAACGUGGAUAUGCUGCCGGGCGAGCGGUGGCUGUCUGCCCAACCUCCUUUUAAACUCGAGUCUUCUCAGGGUCAUCGGACUAGUGAGAACUUAGCACUUAUUGGAGUUGAUCAUUCCUUGCAGCAUGAUGGCUCGAAUGCAUUUGUUUCCCAGAAGCAGACUAGUAAGAGCGUGCCAUCAGCUAAAGUUUCACUUAAAGAAUACCGUGCAAAGCACGCUGAGGAGUUGGCUGCUCAGAAGAGGCAGCUGGAGAAUAUGGAGGCCAACGUGAAGUCACAGUAUGCAUAUGCUGCCCAGAAUCUCCUCUCACACCAUGACAGCCAUUCUUCGGUCAUCCUGAAGAUGCCCAUUGAGGGCUCGGAAAACCCUGAACGAUCUUUUCUGGAAAAGGCUGACAAAUCAGCUCUGAAAAUGAGACUCCCGGUGGCUAGUGGAGACAAAGCAGCCUCCUCCAAACCAGAGGAGGUAAAGAUGCGCAUUAAAGUCCACUCGGCAGCUGAUAAGCACAAUUCCGCAGAAGACAGUAUCACCAAGAGCCGGGAACACAAAGAAAAGCACAAGGCUCACCCGUCCAAUCACCACCACCAUCACAAUCACCAUUCACACAAGCACGCUCACUUACAGCUGCCUGUUGGUACUGUGAGCAAACGUCCAGGUGAUCCAAAACACAGCAGCCAGACCAGCACCUCAGUACACAAAACCUAUAGCGUGUCUAGUACUUUGUCGUCUUCGAGCUCUGCUCGUAAAAGGGGUCCCCCGGAAGAGACGGGGGCAGCAGUGUUUGAUCAUCCAGCCAAGAUUGCCAAGAGUACUAAAUCCUCUUCCUUGAAUUUCCCCUUCCCUCCUCUUCCUCCAAUGACCCAGUUGCCUGGGCAUAGCUCAGACACAAGUGGCCUGCCCUUCUCACAGCCUAGCUGUAAAACUCGAGUUCCUCAUAUGAAACUGGACAAAGGCCCUCCUGGGGCUAACGGUCACAACACAGCUCAGUCAAUAGACUAUCAAGACACUGUGAAUAUGCUCCACUCCCUGCUCAGUGCCCAAGGUGUUCAGCCCACUCAGCCCCCUGCAUUUGAGUUUGUUCAUUCUUACGGUGAAUAUAUGAAUCCACGAGCUGGUGGGAUCUCCAGAUCUGGCAAUACAGACAAACCUCGACCACCACCCCUACCAUCAGAACCGCCUCCACCACUUCCCCCUCUUCCUAAGUGAGAACAACAUGAGGCGAAAACUUAAAAAACAAACACCUUUUGUUUUGGGGUUUUGUUUGUUUUUGUUUUGACUACUGAUACUGGACUACGAAAAUUACAUCCCUUAUGAAAUAUGUCACCCUUGGACUAAGGAAUAAAUUGAUAUUGAGACAGGUGGGAGGGUGGUGGAGGACCUCAGUUAUUAUAUCUGCUGCCUCAUACAUCUAUUUUCUUAUAGUUUGUACUGGUAUCAGAGAGGUAGGAUUAUGUUGAAGCUGUGAAGGAUUAAGAACACUCUGUUCUUGGCCUCUCCUCAUCCUGAUGGGGUCGAUUGGAGUAGUUAUCUUCCCUCUUCUUGCCGGAACUGAAACAUGGGGGGUAAUCAAGCAAUUGUGUUUAACGUAUCAGAAGAGAGGAAGUAUUUAAACGUCAGAUCUUUAAGAGACUUUUAAAAAGUAAUUUAAAGAAAGUAAGUUAUCUGUUUAGUUUUUUUAUAUAAUCGGGAAGGGGAAGGGAUUUUGCUGUGUGUAUGAGGUACAUAGCAAU